CAUUAGGGUCCUUCGUGUUCAGGCUUUAAAAUAUGACGUCGGCAAGGUUCGGUCUCUUUUUGCGUCGCUGUACAGACGACCUGGCGAUUUCGUGACAACAUCCACCACUAAUCUACGAUGGCCGAGGAAGGCAUUGCUGCCGGAGGUGUGAUGGAUGUUAACACUGCCUUGCAGGAAGUGCUCAAGACCGCACUUAUCCAUGAUGGAUUAGCACGUGGAAUCCGGGAAGCAGCCAAAGCACUAGACAAACGUCAAGCCCACCUUUGUGUCCUUGCCAGCAACUGUGACGAGCCUAUGUACGUGAAGCUUGUUGAAGCGCUCUGUGCGGAACAUCAAAUCAACCUCAUCAAGGUUGAUGAUAACAAAAAGCUUGGAGAGUGGGUAGGCCUCUGCAAGAUUGACCGGGAAGGAAAACCACGCAAGGUGGUUGGCUGCAGCUGUGUUGUCAUCAAGGAUUAUGGCAAAGAAUCUCAAGCCAAGGAUGUAAUUGAAGAAUACUUCAAGUCCAAAAAAUAAUUUGUGAAUAAAGACCUUCACAUUAUCUA